ACAGCUUCUUCACGUUCAUUCACCUCCUCUCCUUGGAAGGGCACUCCUUUCUUGUUCUCCUGCAAUCACUGCGAAUAAACCAAACGAUCUCUCCAGCGACAAAUCAUUAACAAAUUGCUGUAGCCUGUUAUUAGACAGGUUGAGUGCACGUGGUUUCGCGGCCUCCGAGUACAUGUGCUCUCUCUGCGAAAAACACUGUUCUUGACCCACCAUUUGGUCUACCCUUAUCCGCCAACUUCCUCUUCAUCCGGAGCCGUUCUGACUCGACAGGACGCAGCGCGUCUCCUCAUUUUCAUAUUCUCUAUAAGCCAUGAAUAACUCCAACCACUCGCCAUACAGGCGAACUCAUCGAAAGCGUAUCUCAGCUCUCCGACUUUCCUCGGAUUCCAACGUCCCUACUUUACCUGCGUAUACCUCCCCUCCGUGGCAAACACCCGUUGCUCUCCCUGCCGAAGAAGAUUUGUCAGAUAAACCACCUGAGUACUCUGAUAGUGCGGAAGAGGCAGACGCAGACACUGAUUCAGACGACGAUCUUUCUGCCAAUCGUCGGAUAUACUCAGCGACAUCUAAUUCUUACGUACCGCCCACUCCUCCACUUACGUUCUCACCCCCACCACCUAGAAGACAACGUCGCUCGCAGGCAUCUGGGUCGAGGAGUAGUCAUCGACCACAACCUAGUUCGCCCACCGAUCCCUAUCUUGACUCGCUACUCGCACGCAGCGUACACGCACUAGAGAUGUCCAACGCCUUGCUACAAUCUUCCAUGUCUACACAAAGCAGUCUGUCCACAGUCCUCGCGUCUGACAACAUGGUUGACACAUCCCUCGAUGCCCAUGCACGCAAUCUUUCGUCGAGGAUACGGUUAAAUGACAAUAUGCAGGAUUCUUGGAUGAAUAACCUAGAUGAAAUAUCUAAAGAUGUGGAGGGACUUUUUGCAAAUGAAGCUGAGUCCUCGAACACCGCGAUAAGCCGAAGUUUGCCUUCAUCCGGCAGCAUACAUCGUUCGCAUCUUCGCAGACCGUCUGUAGAGUUCCGUAGAAGCGGUGUCAACAGCACAUCUGACUCGUCGUUGAACUAUACCAACCAUGCCAGAAAUGAUCUGGUCGCUCCUCCGCCUCGAGCCUUGACAAUAUAUGUUGACUCGACAGAAGACCCAAGCGCGAUCACCUUGCCAUCUACACUCGGCCUACGAUCGUAUACCUUGUCAUCUACCUCUCUUCCUGCCGAUCUCACAUGUUCUCCCCCAAGCGACCCCACACCGUCUUCCUCCCGAGCAGCAGACAUUCUGGUGACCCUCACGAAACCUCCGGCGAGACCUAAAGCUCGGCGAUCGAGCGCAUCCAGCACCUCCACAGCUACAACAAUCACUUCCACGAUUUUCAAGUCCCGCAGAGCGUCCAAAUCACCCCCGCCUCUUCAUAUCCAACGCCCACCCUCCAAAUCUCCAUCGCCUCAAAUUCGUUCUCGUUCCCUCACGAGGAACGACUCUCCUGUGCGAUACAAACACUCUAACAGUUCAGCCAUAAUCGAACCCAUCGAAGAACUCUCCGCCUCAUCUGGUGAGACUUCAAGUAGCGACAGCCUCCAUGUCGAUCGCACUCUCGAAUCCCUACGUAUCAUCCUAGAGAAAUCACCCCCUUCACGAUCGCCUUCCACCUCUCGCAAGCCGCCCCUUCCACGUCCUUCCCUCCUCACCCCGCCAACGGUUGAGCCAGUAGCAUCUACUUCAACAGCAACAGCAUCGAUUUCUAAGUUGUUCACGAAAGGCCGCCAUUCGAGUUCGACUAGGCCACCUUCACCGCCAAGACAUAGCAGUCUGAAGGUUAGAUCAACCCCCGCGACUCCUACAAUGCAUACGCCGAGUCCGAGUAUGAGUGGGAGUCUGUUGAUUGUUCCGGAUGCCCUCAAUGGUGCGGGGUCGAGUAGACUUUCUUCAGGACAGUCCACACCCAAGCGCAUCUCGUUUGCCCAACUACCCGAGUUCACAACAGGUACUUCCUCCCGUCCUUCCACACGAGGGAGAAAGUCGAAAUCUCGUUCCAAGUCCUCGCUUCCUACAAGCAGAAAGGGGAGAGAUGAUAAGGAAGAUGGAGAAGACCCGGGUGCAAGCGGAGGCUGGUUCAGUAGUUGGCUUCUCGGCGCCGGCGCCGCUUCGACUAAAGGUGGUGGUGGGAUGGGUGGGUUGUCGGGACCUUCUGCGAGCGUACUUGCGGAGGAGAGGUUUGGAAGGUCUGUUGGUAGUUUGGGUUCUUGGGGUGCAAGACCUGGACUUGGUGGGUUAGAGGAUUGGGCUGUUUGAUGAUGGUCCUGCGUCGAUUGUAGAUUCAUUUUUUUCGCUAUCUAUGUGCUUUGAAGACACGCUGGGCGUGAUGACUUCGAAAGUGCUAUGUCUCUGGUGAGUUUUUGUCCUCUUGUUUUUGAAGGUUGCAUGAUUGACAUAUGUACGAUAGAUAUCUCAUCAGGCUUUGGCCUUAAAUGCUAACUUACACGUUUUUAACUCGCUCUUUAUUGCCUAUUUUCUUAUCUCCUGUGAUGACGCUCUUCACGGCCAUGUCACGAACUCGUGGGCAUUCCUCCCUUUUCAUUCACAUACCCCUUCAACCUUUCAAGAUCACACUCUCGCUAUUUCUUCUCAUUUACUAACCUCCCUUCCUAUCGUCGAGCGAUCCCCCCCAUCCGUUCUCUGACCUUUGCGAAGCAAUAUCUAUUAGUAGAUAGACUCCGUCUCCCAACCUGCCACUCGUUUUUGCAUCUUCAUCAAUCUCAUUCUCACUUCAUCAUAUACCCGUCCCUGUCUCUCUUUCUCGUCGCAUUGUGUUCGUGGAAGUUUCUGGAUAUAGGUUCGUAGCAUGUCAAUGAAGUUGUAGCACUAGCUAUUGGGAUACAGAUCUACGUGGAAUCGAACUGCUGCUGUUCUGAACACUGAGUCAACAAGCGAGGUAAAGCAUAAGUCUACAACAGACACGAUUACAACGAUCCGGGUGAAACGAAAAUAAAUCCAACUCUUCGAA